AUGUUAUGUAUCAUUUUAUGCAUAAUUGCGCCAAUAUUCAGUGCUAAUGUUUAUCGGACUACGAAUGACACUGAGAUUGUUCCACUUAACAUAACAUUAAACGAUUUCAAAAUCAAUUCGAACAGUUCAGCGACUACUUUAUUGGAUAAAAUAGAUGAAGCUAUCGAACAGAGCAUAUCACUUUGUAUGGAUUCAGCGGAACUAUUAUUUAGGUGCUUAGGUUGCUCAAAUCACAUUAAUGACAAUUUUUACUCUUACUGA